UCUAGAGCAACGAAAGUAGUAUCAUUCGGCUAGUGUGUGCACCACAUUGGCAGCAGCCAUGGACUCGAUCAGUUGUUCAAUAUGUCUGGAUCUACUGAAGGAUCCGGUGACUAUUCCCUGUGGACACAGCUACUGUAUGGGCUGUAUUAAGGACUGCUGGGAUCAGGAUUAUGUGAUGGGUUUUCUGAUCAGCUGCCCUCAGUGCAGACAGACCUUCAUCCCAAGGCCUGUUCUGAAGAAAAGCACCAUGCUAGCAGAAUUGGUGGAGACUCUGAAGAAGACAGGACUCCAAGCUGGUACCCCUGCUCACCAUUAUGCUGGACCUGGAGAUGUUGUGUGUGAUGUCUGCACUGGGAGAAAACUCAAAGCGGUCAAGUCCUGUCUGGUGUGUCUGGCCUCUUACUGUGAGACUCACCUCCAGCCUCACUAUGAAUCUCCUACCUUUAAGAAGCACAAGCUGGUCAAAGCCUCCACACAACUAGAGGAGAAGAUCUGCUCUCAUCAUGACAAACUGGUGGAGAUUUACUGCCAUACUGAUCAGCAGUUUAUCUGUUAUCUGUGUACAAUGGAUAAACAUAAAGGCCAUGAUACAGUCUCAGCUGAAUCAGAAAGGAUUGAGAGACAGAGCCAGGUGGGGGGAAAACAACAGAAAUCCAAACAGAGAAUCCAGGAUAAAGAGAAUGAGAUGCAAGAGGUGAGACAGGCUGUGUAUUCACUCAAGUGCUCUGCAGAGACAGCGGUGAAGAACAGUGAGAGGAUCUUUACUGAACUGAUCCAGUCCAUUGAGAGAAGGCACUCUGAGGUGAAAGAGCUUAUCAGAGCCCAGGAGAAGGCUGAAGUGAGUCGAGCUGAAGGACUGCUGAAGCAACUGGACCAGGAGAUGGCUGAGCUGAGGAGGAGAGAGGGCGAGUUGGAGAAGCUUUCAAACACAGAAGACAACAUUGAAUUCCUCCAGGUGAUAUCAGUGACUCUCUGUCCCCAGCAUCAGAGUUUCCAGUCUCUCUAUGUCCCUCUUGGAUCUAAGGCCUUACCCAGCAUCACUUUCAAUCAACACGUCUCCUUUGAGCAUAUAAGGAAAUCAGUCUCUGGGCUGAAAAGUCAAGUUGAAAAGAUCUGCUCUGGGGAAAUUGCGAAGAUCUCUGAAAAAAUGACAAAAGUCCACAUUGUUCCACCUUCUGAGCCCCGUUGUCUUCCGUCAUUUGGCACAACUCAGUCUGGACUGUCAGUUGGUGGAUUAGCAUCACAUGGGAAUGACACCACCUGUCAGAAGACAAGGCCUGAACCCAAGACCAGAGAGGAGUUCUUAGAAUAUUCCUGUCAGCUCACAUUGGAUCCCAACACAGCACAUAAAGAGCUGCGUCUGUCUGAGGGGAACAGAAAGGUGACAUGGAGUGAUAACGACCAGCUUUAUCCUGACCAUCCAGACAGAUUUACCACACGCCCCCAGGUGUUGUGUAGAGAGGGUCUGUCUGAGGCCUGCUACUGGGAGGUAGAAUGGACCGGGGUGGAGGUUUGUAUAGCUGUCUCAUAUAAAGGGAUCAGCAGGAGAGGACAUAAUGAGUGGUUAAGAAGCAGUAAUAAGUCCUGGUGUUUGGAGUGUGGUGCCUCUCGCUGCUACUUCUAUCACAAUGAUAAACAGACUGACAUACCAGUCCCCCGCUCCACCAGAGUAGUAGGAAUGUACUUGGAUCACAAGGCAGGAACUCUGUCCUUCUACAGUGUCUUUGACACAAUGACCCUCCUCCACAGAGUCCAGACCAAUUUCACUGAACCCCUUUAUCCUGGGUUCUAUGUCACUACAUCUCUCAAGAUACUGACACCAACUCAGUGAUGAGUUACAGUUAGUUACAGUGAUACAUUUAGAAUAAAGACAAGCAAAAGGGUCAGAAUAGUGAGCGUAAAGAUCCAUAUUAUAAGAUUAAGAAGUUUUACCAAGUUUAAAUAAAUGUGCACAUAAAUUAUCGUGACUCUAUUGCCUUAGUGCAUUUUUCUAAAAUGGGUUUUGUAUAAAACUCCCACUUACACAGUCAGCAUGAGCCCUCUACCAGAGAGGAACAGAGGCAGGUACGGUAUGUAAUAUAAAUACCUUGUCUUUAUACCGUGGCGUGUAUUCACGGACGGCAAGGGUAGCCAGGCUUCCCCAUAUAUACAAAAAAAAUGUCUCAUUCAUCUCUCUCAGUGUGUUUAUCAUUUUCCAUCAAUUCGCAAGGGGCUGAAUCUCACCGAAGAAAUCAUUUGAGCGAGGGAAACAGUGCCCCUCUGUCUCAGUAUGUGUAGCCCAAAAUAGUAUCACAUGUUGCCGCCGUAGCAUUUGAUUGAUCGAUGCCAGCAAGCAUUUGUACUUCCUUGAUUAAAAUAUUAUAAAAUCAUUAGCCAAUCAGCAUUGAAAUGUGCUGAACUCUGGGUUGUCCUGGUGCAGUAAAACGCCCCCCAAGGGAGGGUAGUUUGGAUUUGUCUUCACACCAUUUAAAUCACCUCCUAUGCUAAAUGUCAUUUUCACGAAAACGUGUCUGUUUCUGGUCUGCUUGUGUUGAUGUCUUGCAGUAGCUAGCUUGCUAAAUCGUCCUUUUCCUAAGCCGUGGAUGUAGAUGGGGAUUUGGAAUGGUGGUUUUGGCUUAAUUCUCUGUACAGGUCAAUAAUUAUGAUCUAACCAAAAAUGAAAAGGUUGUGCCACCGGCCUUUUUUAGCUCGGUAGCCUCUGACAACAAAAACAAAGAGUGUACUGUAUGACAGAGUCAUAGACUGUUUUGCCAACAUGAAAGAUAGGAGGAUGGUAUUGGCGUUCAACUAGUCUACAAGAAGGGUGAACACGCAGACAUAUACACACACACACACAAAUCCGUACCAUGGACAGCCACACAACAUUUAUUGGACUAAAUUGUUUUUGAUAUCAUUAAGUUUGUUUUCAGUGUAUUAAACUAAGCAUAAAUAGCCUUAUUGAUCUGAUGAUGUUUACAUUUUUUAAUUGAAAUGGUGCUGGAAUAGCAGAGGCGGUGCUCCUGUUGUGUUUGUGCUGACUUGUGGUAACUCCGUGAUUCUAAAUCAGUAGUUGUUUAGUAAACUGUUGAAAACAUUAACUUGCUUGACCGUACUGCAGGUGAUAUAACUGUUUGUUACAGCUUUGUGGGCUUCACCGGCACAGCUAGAAGAGGACUGGCCACACCUCAUUGCCUGGUUCCUCUCUAGGUUUCUUCCUAGGUUUUGGCCUUUCUAGGGAGUUUUUCCUAGCCACUGUGCUUCUACACCUGCAUUGCUUGCUGUUUGGGGUUUUAGGGUGGGUUUCUGUACAGCACUUUGAUAUAUCAGCUGAUGUAAGAAGGGCUAUAUAAAUACAUUUGAUUUGA